UCUUUGACGUUUUUCAGAAAACCACGGGAACGACCUCAUUUUUUUUGUUUUGUUUUCAAUUUCUGGCCCGUGUGCUGUACUCGUGGUUUUAUAUUUUUGUGGAUAGACAUUUGAGCCGGAUGUGCUCGUCGUAUGAAUCGGUUCUUCGGAGUUGUAGUAUUAGUGGCGGCAGUGGUGUUGGUGUUGGUGGUGGCGUGAGUGCGCGUCGACGACGAUGAAUCGUCGGAUUGAGCGGCGGUGAUUCCGGCAUGAAAGACCGGCGGUCUGGUGUGGAAGAGUCGUCCCACGGCACACUUGGGCACAAGUCGCGGAAAGAGGCGCCGAAGCCGCAGUGGUUCGUGCAGGAAUCGCAACCGACGUGGAAACUAUGGGGAGAGCAGAAGGCCAGCGACAUUGUGUACACCAUUUAUUUGAAGAAGGUCCGCUACCAUCGACCAUCGAAAAGUGUGAACAGCUUACUCGGUCUGACUGCAAUUUUAGCCCGUUCAGACUCGGAGGACGAGAUUUCCCAUCUGGAAUGGGAAACGGUGAAAGUGAGACUCGUGAAAGCCGCCACUUUGCGGCGCCUGGUCAACUCGCUCGCCUGCGCCGACACCGGCGAGCUGGAGAGCACCUAUGUCAACAUCUUCCUUGCCACAUAUCGCACCUUUGCCUCCACGGACCAAGUGUUGGACCUGCUUUUGCAGAGCCGCCGGUUGGUCAAUUCGCCAAAUUCUAGAAAGAAUCAGCAUGAUUCUUGUCACCCAAUUGUUUGGGUGCCCCAACAAUUGGGUGACCAGACCGCAGUUUGGUGGACUGGGGAUUGGCAAGGCCAAGGCCAAGGACUGCUCUGGCUGGUGGUUAGACCAACCAAUGGGUACCGGCAGGUGGAAGAUGAUGCCGGCUACACGACGGUGCAGAGUGAGGAGCACGGACGCAUGGAGAAGCGUGGCGAGGAAUCGACGUCCCGAGCAGCUGCAUCAUCAUCCAACGACGUCCACAACCACCGCGGAGAUGAAGACGAAGAGGACGAAGAUUACGGCUUGGGUUCCGCAGGCGCUGGCCUGGAACCAGACCAGGUGCGUAGUGCGCAUUUGCGGGCCCUGCGCCAGGCCCUGGCCGUCUGGCUCGACGUCUACCCGUCCGACUUCACGGCCUCGCCCAACUGCCUCCUCACGCUCGUGGCGUUCCUCAAGGACCGCUGUCCCGACGACGUCCAUCUCCAGGCCCGGGCCCUGAAGUACCGGCAGGUGGAAGAUGAUGCCGGCUACACGACGGUGCAGAGUGAGGAGCACGGACGCAUGGAGAAGCGUGGCGAGGAAUCGACGUCCCGAGCAGCUGCAUCAUCAUCCAACGACGUCCACAACCACCGCGGAGAUGAAGACGAAGAGGACGAAGAUUACGGCUUGGGUUCCGCAGGCGCUGGCCUGGAACCAGACCAGGUGCGUAGUGCGCAUUUGCGGGCCCUGCGCCAGGCCCUGGCCGUCUGGCUCGACGUCUACCCGUCCGACUUCACGGCCUCGCCCAACUGCCUCCUCACGCUCGUGGCGUUCCUCAAGGACCGCUGUCCCGACGACGUCCAUCUCCAGGCCCGGGAGCUGUUCAUCAAGCUGCAGCCGCAUCAGUGUCUGGGCGCCAUUUGGGGCAAGAGCAAGGAGCGGACGGAAGUGGCGGGUUCCGUCCGGGCCACGGUGGACCAGUUCAACGCCGUCUCCUUCCGCGUGCUCAGCACUGUGCUCAUGGACGAGGCCCUGAAGCCGGCCCAGCGGGCCAAGAUCAUCGCCAAGUGGAUCGAGAUUGCCCAAGAACUCCGUCUCCUCAAGAACUUCUCCUCGCUCAAGGCCAUCAUUUCCGGGCUGCAGGCCACGCCCAUCUACCGUCUCCGCAAAGUCUGGGCCUCUGUGCCGAAGGAAAAGGUGGAAUCGUUUGAGGAACUCGCGAGAUUAUUCAGCGAGGAUAACAAUCAACACGCGCAGCGUGAAGUUCUCAUGCGUGAAGGCACUGCCAAAGUUGCAGAAGUUACUUCUCACGCUGAUCGUUUCCUGCCUAGACUACUUCAACGGCACAAUCCUGCUUCCUGUUCUGUGAAUUACGGAACGAUUCCGUACCUCGGAACAUUCCUGACCGAUCUGACCAUGAUCAACACUGCGAUCCCGGAUAAGCUUUACGAUAACCUCAUAAAUUUCGACAAGAAACGGAAGGAGUUUGAGAUUCUUGCUCAGUUGAAAUUGCUACAAGGAGCAGCUGCGUCGUACAAUAUCAAGUUUGACCCGAGGUUCCAGAAGUGGUUUGAGAGCUGUCCAGUGUUGGAAGAAAAGGACUGCUUCCACAUCAGUUGUCAAAUUGAGCCUCAGGGCCCCCUGACGCCGUCCAGAGGAAGUUCGGGCACUGUGGCGUCCACGGGGUCCAGCGGGGGCGGCAGUGGGAAACGAAAGCCAAUUAUCCGAAAAGGUCCGAAGAACGAAUUACGGGAUCCGUGUGACCCGUACUUGAAAACAUGUCGGGGGUGGGAUUGUCUUUGGAUCGAUCAUUUCGACGGUCUUUCGGAUCGCCGUUUUUCGUGGAGUAACACGACACUCGAAUUUCGGGGAAGAGCAGAAACGAGAAAAUGGUCCAGGACUUGUUUGGCUUCACUUGUUCGCGCCGAACUUUGCAUUCGACCUCUUUUCUCGGUCGGUCGUAUACGUCUAGUGAAUGUCCAUUAUUGCUCGCGUGUGACGAGACGGAAAACGCCGGCGCAUCAUCAGAAGACGGACUCGAUAACGAGCACGUCCUCGUCCGGAGGCUCGCAUCCGGAACCGGCGAUGGACAGCUUGCCGUCUAGUGCCCAGGACUCGUUGGGGUCUCUGGAAAGGAAGAUGUCGACGUCGUCGACGAGCAGCUCCUCUGGCCCGUCCUCGUCAACGUCCGGCGUCGUGACGACCCCGCCGACGGGCAGCUCGUCGUCCGGCUCGGACGCCGCUCCGUCCUCCUCCAAGGGCCGCAAGGACAACCAGCAGCAGUCACAGGACCGGACGCCGUCGUCGUCGACAGUGACGGCGGGUUCGAGCAAGUCUGCGUCGCCGAGUCCGUAUCGAACGCCGGACUUUUACAUUAUUCGCGUCUCCAUUGAGACGGGCUCGUCGGAGAUGGAAGGCGUGAAUUUGUACAAGAGCAUCAUGCUGGGCAACAGCGAACGCACCAAGUCCGUCAUUGCCAGUGCCAUGAGCAAGCACGGCGUGGAGGGGAAGCCCGAGGACUACACCUUGUCGCAAAUUCUGCCUCACGGAGCCGCCUUCACAGCCUCCAAUGUGGCGGCUGUUGAUGAAAAUGGCGGAAUUGCCUUGGAUGACCUGGAGGCAGCCCUUAGAAAGAAUGUCAAGUUGAAUUCAAAAAUUCUGAGGGGAAAGUUGGGCUGCAACAAAAAAAAGGGCGCCUCAUCUUUUGAGUGGAGAGCAAAACUCUGCCAGGAAAUGAUGUUCCCGCCAAAUGCGAAUGUUUACUACGCCAUCAACACGACGUACGACCUGAACUUCGUGCUGCGACGACGCAAGGGUAAAUCUGCCAGUGUAGAGAGGAACUUCCUUGAACAGGUAGUCCUUGGGACCGUCGGGGACUGGAUCAGCAGUGACAUCUGUCCAUUGGAGCGCAAACACGAUGAGCAACAUUGCGCACAAGGCAGCGAACGCGUCGCUGGAAAAUCUUGGAUCUGCAAAUCUUCAGAAUCAACCACCUUCACAGAUGCCACAUUGGCUGACACUUUGGUGGCUGUGAAGGGGGCUGUUGAUGAAAAUGGCGGAAUUGCCUUGGAUGACCUGGAGGCAACCCUUAGAACGAAUGCCAAUCUGGUAGAGCCCGUGAGGAUCUCUGGACCAGUGUCCAAGUCUAUGUCCACGUCGCAGGGAAAGUCGGUUCUAUCUCGAGCUGGAUUGCAUGUGAUGAAUACGGUGACGCAUCCCAAUGUGUGUGCCUCCCGCAGUGCGCCAAUGACAAAUGGGGUGCGACCGCUAGCGCCGAUUCCGCAAACUACGUCAGAUGAAGAUACACCUCUUGCCCGCAAGGCUGCAGCACCUGCUUCUGCACUGUCUUCUGCGUCUUCCACGCUUCGGUGCAAGGCCUAUUGUGAAUAG